AUCAUCUUCAAAAAAUGUCGUUAAUACUGAUGAUAUUUGCACUAAUUGCUUGUGCAAAUGGCAAACAGCAACUCUGCGAAGUCGAAACUGGACAAACAAAUAUCAUUUUAGACAUUGAGGAGAGUCGCGGAAGUUAUGUUGGACAACGCACAACUCCGCCUGAGUUGCCAAUUUAUGGAGAUCCGUAUUCCGAAAUUGCCUUGGAACUUGUGUUCCCGAAAGGAAAUCCAAUUUUCUUGUUGAACGGCAAGCAAUUGCAACUUUUACAACCAUUAGAUCGCGAUGAAGAGAAUUUGAGUCAUAUCGUCUUUCAGAUUUCUUGCACCAUUAGAUCAACAAGACGUAAACGAAAUAUACCAAUUAUUGUUCGUGUUUCUGACAUCAAUGAUAAUGCACCUGUUUUCAUAAACACACCGUAUGAGACAACCGUGCCUGAGUCAACUCCCAUUGGAACAACAAUCUUCCGAAAUAUCCAAGCGCAGGAUCAAGAUGCCGGAGUCAAUGGUCUUGUCGAGUAUUUUCUCAUUGAGGGAACACAAAAUAUCUCCAUGCCUGAUACCUUAACAGCAGCUGAUGGUUAUGGCGUAUUUGCCAUUUCGUAUCCGCAUCAAGGACAAGUCACUGUUGUCAAGACAUUAGAUUACGAACGAAUUCAGCGAUAUUACUUAACGGUAGUUGCUUCGGAUCGUGCUCGAAACUCGACAGAACGUCUCACAGCAACAACAACUCUUACAAUUAACGUUGCAGAUUCUGACGAUUUGGAUCCAUCUUUUAUUUAUCGAGGAUGCGUUCUAUUAGAUGGGGCUUGCAUCAAUCCUGAAUACACAGCAUCUGUACCUGCGGGAACGUUACAAGGCGUUUUAACUGUUCAACCUGAAAGGAUUCAAGCUGUGGAUUUAGAUACAAUUAGUUCUCCCAUCAAAUAUAGUUUUUUGAGCGGAAUACCGAUGAGUUACGACAAAUACUUUGAAAUUGACGAGCAAACGGGUGUUUUGAAGCAAACCAAAAUUGUCGACGCAUCCAUAACUGCUCGUAAAUUCGAUAUUAUUGUAAAAGCUGAAGAAGUUUCAGAGCUCAAAAGAUUCACAACAGCAAAAUUAACAAUAAACGUGAAGCCUGUCGAUCAAUAUCCGCCUGUAAUUAAUGCUACAAGUAUCGAAGGAUAUGUCGAUGAGAAUUCGCCUGUUGGAACAAAAGUAGUUGAUGGUUAUGGAAAACCGAUCAAACUUUCAACAUCCGAUAGUGACAUUACAGAAGGAGACGAUAAGCCUGUUUAUGGAUAUGAAUUGACAACUCCUUCAUUUUCCGUGUCAAAAGAUGGAUAUUUACUUGUCAACGAAGAAGGUCUUGAUCGUGAUGCUCCGAGCCCCGGAAAGUUUCGUUUCCAAAUUGUGUCUCGUGAAAUGAACGGAAACGCCGCAAGUGCUCCAUUAUCUGUUACAGUAACGUUAAACGAUGUUAAUGAUAAUCCUCCAAAAUUGCCCAUGAUAGAACCUGUAAGCAUUCCCGCAGGAGAUAAUCGAAGAACUGUAACGAAAGUAACAGCUACUGACAAUGAUAUUGGCGAAAAUGCUGAAGUAACAUAUUCGUUGUAUCACGUUUCGAACAAUGGCGCAAAGAAAUUCUCCAUUAAUGCAAACACAGGCGAAAUUGAAGCACAUGGAAGACUUUUAGCAGGCGAACAUUACAGUUUGACAGUACAAGCAUCAGAUAUUGGAGGGUUAAGUUCACAAGCAAUUGUCGAAGUAACAAUUAAUCCAGGUCCGAAUACAAAACCUCCUGUUUUCUCAAAGUCGAUUUACGAAGUUCAAGUUAGUGAAGGCGCUGAAUUGAACUCAACUGUUGUCGUUGUGAAAGCUGAAGAUCCUGAAGGCGAUCCAAUUACAUAUUCGCUCAUGUCGGGCAAUGAUUUGCGACAAUUUUCCGUUGGAUCAGAUUCGGGCAUUAUUUCUGUUAUACGCAAAUUAGAUCGUGAAGUUUUGACACGAUAUCAACUCAUUGUCAAAGCUGAAGAUUUGGGAGGCUUGACAAAUAGUGCAACAGUAAAUAUCAAAGUAAGCGAUAUUAAUGACAAAAAUCCCGAAUUCGAUGAAGAUACGCUUCCUUAUACGUUCUCUGUGGAAGAAGGAAAAGCUAAUACGACAGUUGGAACAGUUCAUGCGACAGAUGGAGACGAAGGUAUAAACGCAGAAAUUACAUAUUCCAUUCCAGAUGACAUCCCAUUCGUCAUUAAUGGAAAAUCAGGAGAGAUUCGUACGAAAAUAAAGCUUGACUAUGAAACGAAGAAAGAAUACAAAUUUGUCGUAACAGCAACUGAUGGCGCGCCUGAUAUGCGACUUGGAACAGCAAGUGUUACUGUUCGUGUUGUCGACGUUGAAGAUGAACUUCCGAGAUUUGCAGAUAACAAACUUGAAGUCAAAGUACCCGAAAAUGUCCCUGAUAUGUUGAUUGGUACAGUUCAAGCUUAUGAUCCUGAUACUGUUCAACAAAUUACUUAUGUUUUGAAAGAAGGCCCAUUAGAUACAUUUAAAGUUGAUGCUAAAACAGGUCAAUUGAAAACAAUACGAGGACUCGAUUACGAAGCUGCUAAAUCGCAUGAACUCGUUAUUGGAACAAAAGAAAACUCAGGAACGGAUGCAGGCGAUAUUAUUCGAGUGUUUGUUGAAGUAGACGACAGAAAUGAUAUUCCUCCUGUAUUUGUAUCAAUACCUGAGCCUGUUACUGUAUCAGAUGAUCAACAAAUUGGAGCUAUUGUCGGUUCAAUGCCCGCUAUUGAUGGAGAUGGAACAUCGCCCGGCAAUGUAGUACGUUACGAAAUGGUUGGAAGAGGAAAAUCUCUCAAAUAUUUCACUGUAGAUGCUGAUUCGGGCAUCAUUCGUUUGCGAGAUGAUUUGCGAAAAGACGAUGACACAGAAUAUCAAGUUGAUAUUCGAGCUUACGAUUUAGGCGAACCCCAAUUAAGUUCUGUCGCAACUCUUCCGAUAUUUGUUCGUCAUAUUUUAACAGAUCCAAAUGCAGAUGAUAGUUUAGAGUCUCGUCGUACGGGAGAUGAACCGACAAUCGAUCCGGAAAACGUUGGAUUAGCAUUUAGCGAUACGGUAUAUACAACAAGUGUUCCUGAAUCUACAGGCGUAAAUGCGACAUUAAAAUUAAUUCAAGUUAUAAACUCCAAAAAGGCAAUUAAGAACAAGAAUGGUUUUAAAUGUGAAAUUUCUGAAGGCAACGAACAACAUUUAUUCCGCGUAACAGUUGAAGAUCAUGCUUGUGCUAUCAAACUUAUUUCGCCCUUGGAUUUUGAAAAUCACACAAGUCACGAAAUGACAAUUAAACUUACAUCGAGCAAAUUUUUCAUCAAUCCCCAACGUUCAAGUGCAAAAGUUAAAAUUAUCGUACAAGAUGUCAACGACAAUGCGCCUAUCUUCCAAUUUCUUAAACACAUGCAAGUAAAAGAUCAUCCUGAAACGUAUUACGGUAUAGUGAGCUUAAAUGCUGAUAUUGAUACAACUGUUAUGCAAGUCAAAGCUAUUGAUCGUGAUACGGGUCCAUUUGGUACAAUAAAAUAUCGAAUAUUUGACGAAGAACACAAUUUCAUCUCGAACGAAGAUCUUCCAAGCAGCUUCUUCUCCAUAACAGAAGAUACAGGAAUGAUUAAAACUGCAAAAACAUUACACACUGUCACAGAAACUCCCUUGAAAUUUUUCGUUGAAGCAAGAGACACAAAUGAUAACGGAAAAGUUCACAAAACAAAAGCGCGAGUUGUCAUAAACGUAAUUUCAGAUCGAAAUCGCAUGACACUCGUUUUUUCUGAUGCCAAACCAAAAGACGUACGAAAACAUGGAAUUGCACUUGAAGAGCUUUUGCAAGAGAAAACUGAAGGUUUAUUGAUGGGAAUUGAAAAAUUCAGUCCUCGAAAGUCAUUAAACGAAAACGGAACAGUUAUUGAGCAAUUGGAUUCUACAGAUGUUUGGUUUUAUGCGAUCGAUCCGGAGACAGAAAAAAUUAUUGAACGUAAUUCUACAUUGAUGAAAGAUCGUUUGUUGAAACCCGAAAUUCAGUCACAAAUCAAUUUUGCUGCAAGCGGCAUUGCAAGAGCAACAGCUCAAGGCAUUUAUGCUCCUUUGGAAGCAAAACAACAAACGCAGCAUAUCAAAACUGCUGUUGUAAUUGACAAUGAAGUUUUCCCAUAUACAUUAAUAGCGAUUGCUGUGAUAAUUUUGAUUCUCGGCACCAUUGGUAUAAUCUACAUUUGUGUUUCAUGGUCGAAAUACAAAAACUUUAAACAACGGAUGCGUCAAUAUUCAGCACCCGCAAGUCCUGUAAGAUACGAUCCUGUAAUAAUCAAUUCUCAAACGAGUGAGUCGCCAACAAAUAUGAAAGAAUAUGAGACUCAAGUUCUUGCGAUGGCUGUUCCAAAUGACGAAGGAGAAGAUUUGCAAUUAGAUUUUGGGGCGAAAAAUCAUGCAUUUAGUUUGGAUAACGUUAGUUAUAUUACACAUAAAGAAAGCGGAAAUCAUUCGCCCGCAAAUUCAGAUGCAACAACUGCGAUUGUAGGAACUCUGAGACGAAACAACAAUAAUAACAACAUAAACUUGAAUAUCAGUAGUAACAAUCAACAAAUGAAUAAUCGACAAAACACAAUUAAUCGUACGCUUGAAAUGAAUCGAAAUCAUCACAUAAAUCCUUUGAGCAAUGGUCAACAAGGAAGUAGUUUAACUCUUGGAAGAAUUAAGUCUGAACGAAACAAUUACAUCAAUGCUUAUGGCGAUACUCUCAAUCGAAACAACUUGACAAUGGCGCAAAACAAUACUUUUAAUACUUUAGGACGUUCUUCCAACAUUUACAACAACCAAAAUGUGAAUGAAUAUACCACAAACACUUUGGGUCGUAACAGAUACUCAGACAUGCCUAUCACAAAUCCGUUGUUCAAUGGACGCCGUCAAAAUAGUCUCAUCAGUUCUACCAAUGAUAAUGUAACUUUCGGAAAACAAGCCAAUUAUGCGGAAAUCGGAUAUCCAUCAUACCUCAAUGACAUCGACAGAUCUGACGGCGAAACAACAACGGAGCUGUAAAAUGUUCAUGAAAUUAUUAGAAUAGUUAGAAAUUGUAAAUAUUUUUCGAAAUUUGUACAAAAAAAAAACGUGAAAUAAUUUAUUACUCAUUAGAAGAUUUUAGUAUAAAUUUUUAAUAUAGACUGUUGAAUGCGCCAAGUCAAUUCACAUGUCACAAAAGACUCAGAAAAUUUUCAACAGAGCAAUUCACUGCCAAAUGGGCAUUAAAAAUUAUUUAUUUUGUUUCAACAACAUUGCCAGAAUUAGUCUUUUGUUACUUUUAUCCGUUAUUUUUAAUUGCGAAUCCAUCAACAUCAUCACA